AUGGGUUGCGAUGCAGUAUUUUGCGGAUUGGAUAACAUCAUUCAUGACACAGGAGGAUUAGGAUUAGCAUUGGACAAAUUGAUGGGUGGGGCUACCUAUGUACUACAACCUCAAAGAAGGUCACACGGAUGCUUCCAAGUACCUCAUGAGGAAGCCAAUAUCAUCAACUUUGACCAAAGCCCUGGCUGUAAAUUGUUCGAACCCAAUUGGUGA